AUGCGGCGGAACCAGGCCCGUCUCACGCCCACCAAGGCUCCUUCCCCGUCGGCCGCAUCACACCCCCAGAGCCAAAGUCAACCCCAAAGCCACAGCCAGAGUCAUAGUCGCAAUCCGUCUCGCGCCGACCCAUUGAGCAGCACUCCGGCCGUCGUCGACAACCUGGCCAUCAGAGGUGCGCGCAAAGAUCUUUCCCAGCAUCAGCCGCCGUCGCCUCGCAUCACCGACUCAGCCUCUGACCUGAUGCAUUAUACCGACAGCGAUGCGCGGACCCUUGACGACUUGCGCCGAAGAAUGGAACAGACAUUGGUGAAUCAGCAGGCCCAACAUCUCCAUGCGUCCGCAAACACGAAUCCGGGGCACAACACGUCUUCAGAGAGCACCGUGAUCCAUGCCGACACACUUUCGUUGGAUCUUACCCGCUCUCCUCUCUAUGCGGAGUCAAACAGUUCUGGUACUACGAUUAAGGGUGCUGCUCAGAAAAAUCCCGAUUCUGGCCUCCCGACUACCCCGUCCUAUCCUUUCCCGCUGAUGCCUACAUCCAAUCCCGCCAGAUCGAAAUCAUCUAAACUGUCUACCGAGUCAAGGCCUCGGCCAUCCAAGGCACCCGGCACCAUCAGCAUGGGUCCGCCGAGGGCAAUGGCUCCGUCAAAUCCUGCUUCGGUCCACCCACUGGGGGGCCAACCCGCCCCGGGUCACUUUGAAUACCCCAGUCCGAACCUCUACGACGUCGUCUUAGCAUUGAAUUCAGCUCCCGGGCUAGAUUCGUGGUGGGCCAAUGUGGCCGAUAUCCUGCAGUCCCAUUUUGGCGUGGAGCGAGCUUCUCUUGCCGUCCCUGGUGACCCAACCGAUUUGGAAAAUGUUCCCUGGGGACAGAAAGCCACUUUCAACCCAUAUGGAACUCGUGAUGAUGGGGAUCCAAUACCUUCAGAACCCGAGGUCGCCUCUACCGCAGCCAUCAGCAGGGAAGAUUCUGCGCAAAAGAAAGAAGAGGUAGAAGAUCAAUCGACAACUAGCACUUCAAAGCUCUCUUCGUCUAGAAGGCCGUCAUUGCUGGCUCGCCACUCAUUCGCUGGCUUUACCAAGGAUAAAAAGGCCUAUGCCUUGCGUACUGCUGAGAAAUUGUCACGGGAAAAAAUCUCUGCCGAAUUUCCGCGUAAGGUGUCUGAUUUCAAGUCCACCGAAUCAGGGAGUCCAGCUCCCAGAGUAUCCGCAGAGGAUAGUGCCAAAGCAGCACCCCCUGAGGCAGGACUUCAGGAUUCCUCUCCCAGCCGAGUUUUCACUGCUCCCAGAGAUCUCGAGACAGAAAAUGACUCGCUAAUAAAAUGCACCGGCAUUCUGAAGCUUUUCGGCCGCAGCAAGCCUGUAGUAUUGACGCGGGAGUAUGCCUACGAACCCACAGCAGCUCUCCCGUCGGAUGCUACAGCUAGGAUCCCCUCUCCCAACGACAUAGUACAAGUGACACCGGCUGGUGAUCCUCCAAAGGCUCAAACUGAGGCCGCACUGCCAAAAGGCGAUACAAAAGUAGCAGCUCCACCGAGCCGCCAUGGCAGGUCAAGGUCGUCUACUGUACAUGCCCCUACUCCUCCAAGCAAAAAGGAGCUACUCCACCAUCCUACUAUUCCGCUACAUGAGGAUUAUGAGGAUUACGAGCAAAAUCCUCCCUCGCCAUGGUCACAAUCACCUGCCCCUUCACCGGCACCCCGAACUCAUCCCGACCAAAAUCCUUUCUUCACAAACCACGCUGUUGACGAAGAAGCAUUUGCCAAGAAUCCCCCACCCCACGACUAUUCGCAAGCUAAAUUCGUCAACGCCAUUGGUUUAGACCGGUCAAAGACAAUCGUUCAUGUCCCACUAUUACACGCCACGACAACAAGAGACUUCAGCGAAGAAACCCUCAGGUUUCCUAUGGCCGUUAUCUCUUUCGUGUCCCCUGUUAUCCCGUAUCCUGCCAACCUGAGAACUUCGCUUCUGUAUUUGAUACCACACCUAACGACCUCUUAUUCGUUAGCUCACCAGUACACCCAACUUGAAAGGCAGCUUGCACCCGGCUCUUACAAACCUCGUUUCGGUCACAUUCUCGGCCUGGGCGGGACGUUUUCUGACGCCAGCAGCGAAUUGGAACUUGUUGCCGGUCUCAGCGGUCAGGCUAUGACAGAUGGUGAAUCUGCUCUUUCGGCACGUGGGAGUCUCUGCAGCCCAAGCGAGACGUCUAAUUAUUCCAAAGGCAGUCCAUCUAUGUCAAUUGUCGGUACCCCAGGCAUCGAAAUUGCUAGUAUGGGCACUGCCAGCGAGCCAAGUGCCACACCGGGUCUUCGAUACAGCUCUGACCAUGCUGAGAGCUACUUUUCUCUCCAAGCGCGCGGCUCCACUGCCCCGAAAAGUCGUGGUUCAAAGGCAAAAAUUGGUGUUUCCCCAUCAGUCCCGACUUCCCCGGGCGUCUCUAGGCCAAUCCGUGAGGUAGAAUCCGUAGUCAAGGACUCUGAAGCUACCGAACAACACGACAACGUUCGCACAAAUUCGACAUCAACUCCAGCACGAAACCCGUCCCGAAACCCUUCUACAACAUCCGUUAUUGCGCAACUUCACCGUGAUGGCCACUCUGUCUCCGAACAUAUCUUUCAACUGAUGCUCAAUUCGGUUCCACUACACUUGUUCCUAGCCAAGUCACAGACUGGGGAGGUCAUUUGGACCAAUUCCAAGUUCGAUGCCUAUCGACGAAGUCAACCUCAAGAUCUGUCUGUUCGAGAUCCGUGGCAAAACGUCCAUCCCAGCGAGCUCGAGUCUAUCUCUACCAAAUGGGCCAAGGCUCUCCAAACGGGCGCUCAAUUCACCGAGCGGGUUCGGGUCAAGCGUUUCAGCGACGAUUCAGCGUAUCGAUGGUUUAUCUUUAGGGCCAAUCCCCUGCUAUCACAAACUGGUCAAGUUGUAUCAUGGAUAGGUUCCUUCCUGGACAUUCACGAACAGCAUGUCUCCGAGUUGACGGCAGCUCAAGAGCGAGAGACCAUUGCCACUAACGCGAAAUAUCGUGCACUAGCCAACUCCAUCCCUCAGGUUGUUUUUGAGGCCACAGAACGCCGUGCCCUGAUAUCGGCAAACGAACAAUGGCAGAUAUACACCGGUCAGUCGAUUGAGGAAGCAAUGAACUUUGGUUUCAUUGCCCAUGUUCAUCGGGAUGAUCUGGAAAAGUGUGGCGUCUUAUCGUCGGAAGUAAAUGACAUGAAAUCUACGCGAGCUGAAGAUAGCGAUGCAGUACUGUCCCCAGAAUUCGGCGGUGUAGCCGCGCCAAGAGUGUUUUCCGGCGGUGUCACGCCUGCACUUAACGAGCUCGUGAAUCAAGGUAUCGUUGCUGCCCAGAAGGAUGAGAAUGGUCGAAUCUUUUACACCACCGAACUUCGUCUUCGCUCAAAAGGUGGAGAUUAUCGUUGGCAUCUUGUGCGAUUGAUCAAAGUCGAAACACCCAAUAUCAGCGGCGACGAAGCGUCAUGGUAUGGCACAUGUACUGACAUCAACGACCGGAAAAACCUCGAGCGUGAACUCAACAGGGCGAUGCUGAAGUUAAACAAAGAAAUGGAAUCGAAAUCGAAAUUUUUCAGCAACAUGUCGCACGAAAUUCGAACUCCUCUAAACGGCAUCCUCGGUACAAUUCCGUUUAUUCUAGACACACAUCUGGACAAUGAACAACGUCGCAUGCUUGAUACCAUCCAAAACAGCUCCACCAACCUUCGGGAGUUGGUCGAUAAUAUCCUUGAUGUGUCUCGUGUCGAGGCUGGCAAGAUGAACUUGGUUAAUUCAUGGUUUCAUGUGCGCUCGGUCGUCGAAGAUGUUAUUGACACGAUUUCUUCCCGGGCCAUCGACAAAGGUCUCGAAAUCAAUUACCUCAUGGACAUUGAUGUCCCUUCAAUGGUCAUUGGUGAUAAAUUCCGCAUCAGACAAGUCUUGAUCAACCUCAUGGGCAAUGCAGUCAAAUUUACCAGUCAGGGUGAAAUCUACACGAGAUGCUCAAUGCGUCAUGAACCUUCAAUACCCUUGAAGAAAACCGAGCUACUCCUCAACUUUGAAGUUGUUGACACGGGCAAAGGAUUUAGCACUACCGAUGCCGAACGACUGAUGCAAAGAUUUAGCCAACUUGGAGGAACCGGCUCACAGCAACAGGCAGGCAGUGGACUUGGGCUGUUUCUGUCAAAGCAAUUGGUUGAGAUGCAUGGCGGGAAAUUGACACCGAGUAGCCGGGAAGGACAGGGUGCCAGGUUUUCGUUCUAUGUAAAGGUUGACGCGCCGCCGUACGUGCAAGAAGAUCCAGGGUUGACACGGCAGCCAUCGGAUUUGUCGGAAACUUUCACGGUCUCUACGAAAGAAAGUCAUUCUGAUUCUAAAAUCCUCACCCUUCAAGACCUGUCCCCAAUCCAUGACCCCUCUUCUCCCGCGGAAAUAUCUAGCAGCUCGGUUCCUUCUCUACGAUCCGUGUCGAAUUAUCGAUCUAGCUCAUCUGUCUCGUCUGUGGCCCAUACUCCUGACUUUAUGGCUUCUGAAGCAUCUUCAAAACCCGGGCCUUCCCCCUUGAGUGCCGACCAGCCAAUACCAACUAUAUCUAGAAGUGAGACAACUGUACCACCGAGUCCAGUCGCGGAGAAGAGGCUUGGUUCCACAUACUCACCGCCUCUCAUAUACUCGGUUCUUGUUCUUUGCCCUCUGGACCAUGCUCGUGAGGCUGUGAAGCAGCAUAUUGAACAGGUCAUCCCUCUCGAGGUUCCUGCUACUAGCACGGCAUUGUCUGACAUAGAUGACUGGAAAGACCUCAGUGGCACGAGUGACUCUCUGAACUUUUCGCAUAUUGUCCUUGAUUUUUCCGGUGCCGAUGAGACCUUGGAAGUGUUACAAUAUAUCCAAGGCCUCAGUGCAAGAUUCAAACCGUCAGUGGUCAUUAUUUGUGAUCUCUAUCAAAAGCGUCAAAUCCACGACAGUAUGAACGAACUAGUUGCGGCCGGCUUCGCAGUGAACACUGUACCCAAGCCAGUCAAACCUUCUGCAUUCUCCAGCAUCUUUGAUCCUGAUAAUAGACGUGAUCUAAGCAAGGAUCGCAACCAGGAUAAGGCACGGGAGGUUAACAACAACUUUAAGACCAUUGUAAAAAUGGUCAAAGAAGUCAUUGGGAAUAAAGGAUAUCGCAUAUUACUGGUGGAAGAUGACGAGACAAACCGAACGGUUAUGUUGAAAUACCUAGACAAGGUCAAGGUGGUUUCUGAGACAGCUAGCAAUGGACAAGAGUGUGUUGAUAUGGUUUUCUCCCACGAGCCAGGUUACUAUUCUUUGAUUAUUUGUGACAUUCAAAUGCCUAUCAAAAACGGAUACGAAACCUGUCGAGAGAUUCGGGCAUGGGAAGCGAAGAAUCACUUCCCGCAUAUUCCGAUUAUGGCCUUGUCAGCCAACGCAAUGACUGAUCAGAUCGAUAAUGCAACCCGUGCGGGUUUCAAUGACUAUGUCACGAAGCCGAUUAAACAUAACGAGCUGGGGAAGAUGAUGAUGACGUUGCUCGACCCAAACAAGCCUCAAGCACUGCUUCGAGAACGCAAAGACUGGCGACAACCGAAAGAAUGA